GUAUCAGCUCCGCAAAAUUAACGAGUGUUUUGAAAAUUAUCAAGUUUUUUUUCUUUUGUGUAAUUGACACUAUCACGAUUUGUGAGAUUGAUAUUGAUCAGUAGUGGACCCUUGGCUCGACAGUAUGUUUGACGCCGUGUAGCGUGGUCUCCCGACAGAAGGCCGCGUACAGGCGGUACGCUGGCAGCAUGGACGCCCUCGUCGACUCCAUGGUGGACUUCGUGCGCACCAGGCAGCUCAACAUCGCGGUAGCCGGCUUGCUGACACUCAUCUACUUGGCCUACCAAUACUGGGGUAUUGUGUUCAAGGCCCAGGGCGUGGGAGACGAGCUCGACUGCCACCACACCACGAGGCUGUCCCGCUCUCGCUCCAGGUCGGCGUCUCGAUCCAGGACAAGAGCAGGCCACUACGACUACAAGUUGGACGACAAGCAUGGUCGGCGUCGCAAACGACGGUGCCCCGACUGCAGCCUCUGCAACUUCGAAGAAUAGGUGGCGCCACUUGUGACUGACCCAUUUCGCAACGUAGUUCAACGAGUGAUCGCUAGGUGGCGCAUGGCGCUGACAUUUUUCUUUCAUAAGUCUUCGUUUUUUUAGAAACACUAUUAAUUCAAGUUAUUAUUUUGUGAGAUUUGCUAAUGUAGCUGUAACAUAAGUGAAUUGCAUUUUUUUCUUUAUUGUCGAUAAAUUUAUUGAAGUUUUAAUAAAUGGAACUGAUUAAAAAUA